CUUUGAAGGAGCAGCAGCAUGCCACCCAAGGACGAUAAGAAGAAGAAGGAUGCUGGCAAAUCUGCCAAGAAGGACAAAGAUCCAGUUAACAAGUCUGGAGGCAAAGCCAAGAAGAAGAAGUGGUCCAAGGGGAAAGUGAGAGACAAGUUGAACAACUUGGUGCUCUUUGACAAGGCCACGUAUGACAAGCUGUGCAAGGAAGUUCCUAACUACAAGCUCAUCACACCCGCUGUGGUUUCUGAGAGACUUAAGAUCAGGGGCUCACUGGCCAGAGCUGCACUGCAGGAGCUGCUCAACAAAGGUUUAAUAAAACUAGUGUCAAAACACAGAGCUCAGGUUAUUUACACCAGAAAUACUAAAGGAGGAGAUGCACCUGCAGGAACUGAAGAGUCUUAAUUGUAAUUGGACUCGACUGAAAUUUUCUAUGUAAAUGCCAUUAUAAAGAAUAAACUGUUCUGACUAA